CAACUCUGGGCAAGCAUGUAAACGGAGGGACACCAAUGUAAGAAUAAUUAAUAGACGAGCCGCUAUCGUUGAUGCAUUCCACGUAUGUGCAAAGGAACGCGACCAUUUUAUUCCAUCCGUAGGACUUGUAAACGGCGGGAAAUCUGCCUGUCAGGCAGCUCCCGGAUGUUUACGACCAGCGAUAUUUGCAAACCUCUUGUCUGUGUAGCUGCAAAAGACUGUAUAGAGAGCGUACUACUGUGCCGGACAGGGCAGUCACCAUGGCGGCUCCCACAGUGGAGUACACGAUAGGAGGGGUGAAGAUCCAGUUUCCUUGCAAAGCCUACCCCUCCCAGCUGGCCAUGAUGAACUCUAUAGUGCGAGGGCUAAACCACGGGCAGCACUGUCUGUUGGAGAGCCCCACUGGUAGUGGCAAGAGCCUGGCUCUGCUGUGCUCUACCCUGGCUUGGCAGCAGGCUCAGUAUGCUAAGCCUGACCAGGACCUCUGCAGCCCUGCAGAGGUUAAGAAGCCAGCUGUCACUACCCCAUGCCAGUGUGUCUGCCACAGCAAACCUGUUGCACGGCUGAAGCCACAGGCCACUGCGAUUAUAGACCUCACAAGCUCACCGGAGGUGGCAAAGUGCUCUUCUACGGAAACAGUGGCCCCUCCAUCAGAGCCCAAGAGUCAGUCUCUAGCCUCUCGUCUAUCUGAGAAGCUGAAGACGUCCUCCCCCACCUCAGACCGGGGCAAAGAUGAUGAUGACUUCCAACAACAUAAGAAACGCAUCCGCACCCCUGCCACGGAGCAGAAGGGUCAUAAGAGGAGGUGCUUGGAGCAGGGAGUGGUGUUCAUAGAUGAUGAUCCAGAAGAACAGGGCCCGGUGCCUGGACAACAGACCUGGAACAUGGACCUGAGUUCCAGCAGACCAGCACGCACUACGGACCAGCCUGCUGAGACACUCUGUUGUUCCCCCUUGGUGUCCUGCUCUCUCUGCCCCUGUGCCAUGGCCAAAGGAGGUCAGAAAGCAGCCGAGGGUAAGUCUUCAAAGGACGCCAAAAAGAAACAAGUCCCCAAGAUCUUCUUUGGCACACGCACCCACAAACAGAUCACCCAGGUUACCCACGAGCUGAAGCGCACACUCUACUCCAGCACCCCCAUGACCAUCCUGUCCAGUAGAGACCACACCUGUGUCCACCCGGACGUGGUACCCCACUCCAACCGCAACGAACGCUGUAAGGAGCUGCUGGAGGCCAAAAACGGCAUGACGUGCCGCUUCAAAAACGGCGUCCACAAGAUGCAGGACCAGAACACUCUGCAGUGGGUCCACGGUCUCCACCAGGCCUGGGACAUAGAGGACCUGGUGGGGCUGGGAGGCCGGCUGAGGGCCUGCUCCUACUACGCUGCCCGGGACCUAAUGCAGGACGCGUGCAUCGUCUUCUGUCCCUACAACUACCUGCUGGACCCCCUUAUCAGGGAGAGUAUGCAGAUCAACCUGGACGGCCAGAUUGUGAUUCUGGAUGAGGCCCACAACAUAGAGGAUUGUGCCAGAGAGAGUGCCAGCUAUACCCUGAACAGACCCCAGCUGCUGUCUGCGAGGGAGGAGCUGGACGGCAUGGUUACCCACAACAUCAGACCCUCCCACCACGAACCUCUGCGGGCCUUCUGUUGCUCCCUUCUGAAUUGGAUGCAGGAGAGCUGUAGUGUCCUGGCGGAGAGGGACUUCGAGACCUCCUGUAAGGUGUGGGACGGCAGGGAGGUCUUGGGACUGUUCUACACCAUGGGUAUCACCGCUGACACGUUUGGCAUGCUGCAGAAGCAUCUAGAAGCGGCGUUGGAGAAGGAAGAGCGUGUAGGACUUGUAAAUGGGAGAGAGGAAACGGUGGAGGUCUCCACUAUCAGCUCAGCCACUUCCUCUGUCCUCAAGAGUCUUUUCAUGGUGCUGGACUUCCUCUUCAGGGACAAGAGCAGGUUUGCUGAGGAUUACCGUGUGGCGCUGCAGCAGUCCUACAUGUGGACCGUGGCUCCAGAUGUUCCAGACCCCCAGGGCUUCUUCACCAGGCCCAACCGCCGACGCCCCGGCGCCAGGUCCAAGGCCCUCGUUUACACACUCAGCUUCUGGUGCCUCAACCCUGCAGUGGCGUUCUCAGACCUGUCGGGCAGGGUUCGUUGCAUUGUGCUGACCUCUGGCACUUUGUCUCCGAUGGGAUCCUUCUCCUCAGAGCUAGGGGUCAAGUUCUCCAUUCAGCUGGAAGCCAGUCAUGUAAUUAGCAAAUCCCAGGUGUGGGUGGGCACACUAGGCUCGGGCCCCCAGGGUAGGAAGCUGUGUGCCACCUUCCAGCAUGCGGAGACCUAUGCCUUCCAGGAUGAGGUGGGGGCCCUGCUGCUCAGGGUCUGCCAGGCUGUAGGGAGGGGAGUGCUCUGCUUUCUGCCCUCAUACAAGAUGUUGGACAAGCUGUGUGAUCGCUGGACCAACACAGGCCUCUGGAAUAAACUGGAAGAGAGGAAGACCGUUAUCAAGGAGCCUAGGGGAGGGGGGAAGGGAGACUUUGAUGAGCUGCUGCAGAUCUACUACGACGCCAUCAGAAUCAGUGGAGAGGCUACCGGAGACAGAGAUGGAGCUCUGUUGAUGGCAGUGUGUAGGGGGAAAGUCAGUGAAGGACUGGACUUCACAGAUGACAAUGCCAGAGCAGUGGUAACCAUUGGCAUCCCCUUUCCCAACAUUAAAGACUUGCAGGUGGAACUCAAGAUGAAGUAUAACGACCAGCACUGUAAAGCCAGAGGUCUGCUGUCAGGAAGCCGUUGGUAUGAAAUCCAGGCCUACAGAGCCCUCAACCAGGCUCUGGGCAGGUGUAUCCGGCACAAGAAUGACUGGGGAGCCCUCAUUCUGGUGGAUGAACGGUUUGGAAACAAUCCCAAUAGAUACAUCUCAGGUCUGUCUAAGUGGGUGCGGAACCUCGUCAAACACCACGACACCUUCGGCGCCGCCAUGCAGUCCCUAGUAUGCUUUUCCCAGUGCCAGCAGGGGGCAGGAGAGCGCCACGGAGCAGCGAGUCAACCCUUCAACAGCACUGACAUCAUGCCUCCAGCCAGCCUGUCUCCAGUAACAGUGGAAGAGCUGUCCAGCUGUCACCCCAGUCAGAGUCCCAGCACAGACAGCCUUCUCUGGGCCACUGUGCACAACACCACCGCCUCUCAGGCCUCAGCGCCCAACACCCAGCUGGAGGUGCCCAGGUCCUGGGUUCAUCCAGAGACCGCAGGAAGCACAGGUGACCAGAAACACCCCUCCAUUCAUUUAAACAUGGACCCCAAGGCCCUGACCCCUAUUAUCACCAGCACCCCACGGCCGCUGCACCACCUUUUCGCAUCCACCCCUGUGAGCUCUGCACGCUUCAAGUCCCCCAUUUUCCAGGCCUGGGAAAAAGGCAGGCGUGGGGGUCCUCACGUCAACCCUCCUCAGUCUGACUCUGUGGAGGAAGAGGAGAAGGAGAACCAUGUGGGGCACCGUCCCUCUCCAAGGCAGCAGGCCUGUGACAGACAGAAUGACCUGGCAGUGAUCCCUCCAAGACAGGACCAGGGACCAGUUUUAGACCUCUCACCAGUAGAGGUCCCUGCCAGUUGUGAAUCCAGACAGCCCAUUGUAGUAGUGGAUGAUCCCAGCCUCCUCGAGGAAGAGGAAGACCAAAGUGUGUUCUUCACCCCUGAGAUGUUUGAUGAGGAGGAGGAGGAGGAAGAAGAAGAAGGGGUGAAUCCUCUCUCCAGGACAUUGUUGGGGACAAAGCAGGGUAUGAUGGUGAAGCAGGGGGUUACUGUUGCAGCCAGCCCUGUAUUCACCACUGGAACACCACAGGGGCUUUCUGAGGACCUGUUUGACCCAGGGCAGCGACUCAGCGAGGGGACUGGGAAAGACCCGAGGGAAGGCACUCCCGCUCCCUCAACCAGUAGAGAUUGUGCUAGUGUGGACCAGGACAGACAGCAGGGGUGUAGGACGUGGAUAGGGAGUAAUGACAAGGAGCAGGGGCAGGAACAGCAAGAUACUCUGAAACAGGAGGACAAUGGGCAGGAUGAAGGGAAAGAAGUGACCCAGGGCCAGACCCAGGGACAAAGCCAGACCCAGGGAAAGAGCAGGGUGAGAGGCAGCAGGACACAUAGACUGUCCAGGUCCAGACAGAAAGCCUCAGGUAUUUCCACUCCGUCCUCAGGUAAACUAACCAACUACUUCUCUGUUGUGACCUUAGAAGACAAAACACCAGGUUCUAACUUCAAGAUUACUAGUUAGACAACAGCUUAGCAAAGCCAGUUCUCAGGGCGCUGCCAAGAUUAGUUCAUAAUCAAUAUGGCUCAAUUGUCCAGCACGACAGUAAGAUUUGGUUGACUCAGCUGACAUUAUCUAUUUAAAAACUAAGGCCCUAAUCAAAGUUGCUCAAAUAGCCAUGUGAACAGAGUCAUGUGUGUAUAUAUAUUUUACACAUCAUUAAAAUGAAAGACGAAAUGCGUCUUUAUUUUCCUGGAGACGUGAUCACGGCAUCGUCCUAUUGUGUUUUAAUGAGAUGUUAUUUGGAGUGAGAAGAGAAGGGGGGGCAGCAUGCUUGACUACACGCUGCUAGAGAAACACUUUCGUUUUGACACAUUUCUGUGCAUUUCUUUUUGAAAGUUACUUUCUGACUCUAAACUGGAGGGUGGUAAGAUUUGGCCUGUGCCAGAGAAACCCACACAUGGGCCUUUCCAGAAACGCAUAUGCACCAUUAUCUGGAGUGACUACUAUAUAUCAAUUAAUAAUUUAAAUAAAGAUGUCAAUUUAUAAUUUUAAAUCCCAGGUAAUUCAAAUUUUGUGUUGUUGUGAUCUCAAAGUUGAGCACUGCCAGGUUAUUUGAUGGAUCCAAAAAUAAGUGUUUAAUUUACAGCUUAUGUGUAUGUUUUGUAUCAUACAGUCUUUGUAUAAAAUAUGUAGAGUUUGUACCUUUUAGAAGUAUGUCAGAGAUUGAACUUUACAUCGACAACAUAAACAAUAUGCUGGGCAGCACCUCUUACAGGAGGAUUUGUUUACAGUCAUCAUUUUUUUCCUCCUUUCACUAACCCCUUUGCUUAAUCAGCUUUUAUAUUUGACUCUGGCUGCUUCUCUACGAUUAGGGUCAUUUCUGAAUUCUGCUGCCAAGUGGAUUGUUUGUUGAGUGGGAAUUGAAAUUGCACUUCAACAAAGAUACGGUGGAUGAUGGACUAUGUGAUAAGGAAGUCGUAUAUGUUAAUGGUGAUGGGCGUGUUACCACAGGACCACCAAUGUUAAAACCGGCUCUGUAAAGUCUGAUGUGGCGAGCGCUGACAGAAAGGUUUAUUGACAUCUAUGUCAUAUUUAAUCACAAGACAUUAAAAGCUGAAUUAGGUAUUUGUGUUUUCCUUAAACUGCCUGACAGGGCAAUGGAGCUGCCCCUUGUUUGCGGUGUGUUGUUUUGCCCACCACUAGACGUUAACAAUGAAGUUACUGUGAUAACUGUCUAGUUCUAGAUAAAAGGGCUUUGCCUGAAACAUCUUCAUUAAAUGUUAACUACAAAGUACCCUGUCUACCAGGCAGAAUGAUAUCAUGAUCGCCAAUCUAGUGGCAACUCUGCAAUUACAUAAGUGCUACAGAAAACUGCUAACCAAACAAAUGUCUCACAAGUGCGCUCUUGAAUUAAAGGGCAUCUAAAGCAAAAAUUACAUUACAGAUUUUUCUCUCCCAGACCUCGAAAGUGAUCUUAUGAUGUGGUUUAAGUAUUGUUAUGAACUUAAGACAUCAAAUGGUCGUUUUCUGUUGUUUUCUUCCAUAGGGCCCUCAAAACAUUGAUGUAAGCAUGUUAUGAAACACUUCAAACCAAUUUAUAUAUACAGCCAGUGGUCAGUUUAUUAGAUACAGCCAUCGACUACGGGAUUGGACACCUUUCCAUUCAGAGCAGCCUGUGCUGCCAACAGCCUGUAUUGUCUCUUCCCAAAGUGUCUGUGAAGAGAUGAGCUAUUAAAUUGCAUCGUACUCUGCGAUGUUCUGAACAAAAUUAGCCUAUGUUUAAAUACAUGUAAAGUGAGCUUUGAAACCAUGUCUUCCAGAUCAGUUGAGCUAUUUAUAAAAAAAAAUGUAUUGUGUAAACAACAGUAAUUUUGUGACAAUACAGAUUUGGGGUUGUAUUCCAAACUAAUGUGUGCUUCAUCAACAAGACCGCUUGGUGAGCUGAAGAGAAGAACCUUAUUGACUCUUCUGUGACCUAUUAAGGUGCAUUGAAACUUGGAAGGCGUGUGGACACUUACUCCUCUCACAUUGUUUUGCCUUGUGUUGUACGGACCACACAUUUCGAGGAAAUUUGUAGGAGUACACAGCCUUUUAGCAUUGGUAUGCUUUUACAGACCUCAACAACAUGAGAUGGUUGUGUAGUUUAUUUUGGGAAAGUUUUGAAGUAUAUAGUAUUUUUGUAUGUUCGGCCAUUACAGUAUAUGACUUGUGCAAGCAACUAGACAAUAAAAAAAUUUAAAUG